AUGCAGCUGCGGUAUUUUAGUAUUGUAAAUGACAGUAGCUGGCGUCUGUUACUGAAGGGCCUACCUUUCGACGCGACUACUGAAGAAGUUCGCGCACUAUUCGCCAACAACGGAAGCGUGAAAUCCGUAACGCUUGUAAGAAAGGGCGCAGAACCGACGGGUAGUGCAAUCGUACGCUUCGCGUCCGAAGUUGAGGCUGUUCGAGCUCUUAAGGAUUUCCGAGACGUUUAUGUACGCAAGAGGAAAAUCGAGGCAAUCCUAGACUUCACGGAAUUUACUCAGCGCAUCCAGCGUGUCCACAAGCCUAUUGCCGUUGAUCGUUUCCGCUUGCCUUUGCGUUUCUUUUGA